AUGGAGCUGGCUCCUCUACGUGUUCUCGGCCUCCGAGCGGGCUUGGUGCUCAGUGGCGUGGCCUCUGUCGAGUCUGCAGGAGCGGCAGCGGUGGGAGCAGGCCGGCGAGGAGGAGGGUGGACGCUUGGCAGGACCCGCAGUUUCAGCAGAGCCGCAGCAGCCAUGGCCCCGAUCAAGGUGGGAGAUGCCCUGCCGUCGGUGGUGGUGUUUGAAAAGGAGCCUGGGAACAAGGUGAACCUGGCAGAGCUGUACAAGGGCAAGAAGGGUGUGCUGUUCGGAGUUCCCGGGGCCUUUACUCCAGGCUGUUCCAAGACCCACCUGCCAGGGUUUGUGGAACAGGCCGGGGCUCUCAAGGCCAAGGGAGCCGAGGUGGUGGCGUGUUUGAGUGUCAACGACGUCUUUGUGGCUGGAGAAUGGGGAAGAGUCCACCACGCAGAAGGGAAGGUUCGGCUCCUGGCUGACCCCACUGGGGCCUUUGGGAAGGAGACCGAUUUGUUGUUAGAUGAUUCAUUGGUGCCGCUCUUUGGGAAUCGCAGGCUCAAGAGGUUCUCCAUGGUGAUAGAUGAUGGUGUGGUGAAGGCCUUGAAUGUGGAACCAGAUGGCACAGGCCUCACCUGUAGCCUGGCCCCCAACAUCCUGUCGCAGCUCUGAGGCCCCGGGCCUAGACUCCAUCCUCCUACCCACUCCUUGUCUUACCUGCCCAGCCC